AUGCCUCGCUAUGAGAUCGCACUCAUAAUGAAAGUUUUAGAGAGACCCGAGACGGUGAGCACCAUGAAAGGACUUUUGAAGAACGUCAUGAAUAACGGAAACGUGGUUCGAAAAAUACAAUGCCUUGGCUCGAGAGGGUUGCCAGCUUCGAAAAGAUCUGAAGGAGAGACGCACAGAAACGGAAUGUAUUUUAUUUUAGACGUUCAUGCACCCACUACCCAAGUUCAGCCAAUAAGGAAAUCAUUUUUGAACGAUAAAAAUGUUCUUUUUACGAAAGUGAACGAUUAUUAUUCCGUUUAUAAACCUGAGCCACCGUGUGGCGGAAUGAACGAGCCAGAUUAUGAAAAACUUUUGGAAGAAAAACCGAAGCAAAUGAUGUCGCAUCCUUACUCAAAUGAUUGGUCGACAGGAGUGACCAACUUAUAA